CUUGGCUUAUGCAAUGAAAACCUGAAGGGUGUCUUGAAGGCCUUGGAUUCAAUAAAGACUAAGGGUAAGCAAGCUCCCUUUUCUGAUUUUGAUCCUUCAAGCCUACUGCCUAAAUCCAUGGAUUACUGGACCUACAAUGGCUCUCUGACUCAUCCUCCCCUCCAUGAAAGUGUCAUCUGGAUUAUCCUUAAAGAGCCAAUUACUAUCAGCUCAGAGCAGCUGGCUCAAUUCCGCACGAUCCUGUCUUCUGCUGAAGGGGAAGCACCUUGUCCCAUACUGAGCAAUCACCGGCAACCCCAACCGCUGAAAGGCAGAGUGGACACCCAUGAGCUUAAAUCCAUCCCGCCCAAGCAAGAGAAACCCGAGGACGGCCAAGGAGUGACCAAGCAUGUCGCACGCCCGGUGGCUCUUGGCGCGUGUCACUUGGCGGGGCGAUGGCUGCUGGAGCGACGCCUCA